AUUUAUUUAUUUAUAUUAUUUUUCUUAGGGCACCAUCUUUUAAACAAGGCUUCACUCGGCCUUGACAAGAAUUGGAGGGUUGCUGAACAGUGUCCGGCGGGUCCUGCUGAGAAAUAUUACACUGUUUCUACUUUCUGCGCGAAAGCUUGUCGUGGUCGGUCAGCCAGCUUUGUGACUCCUUCUGCCGUUGUGGACCGAGGUGUUGUUCCUCGCGUUGUUCGAACAAAGGUUCCGGCAGCUGACCAGGCUACAUCCUCAGCCCAAGACGAAAUGACUACUGGCAGGUUUGCUUCUCUUCCUACCGGUCGGGGGGGACAUGCUACUCGGAAGAGGUCUUCCAGCCAGGCGAAGGCCAGUUCUCCCAAACGGUCAAAAAAUGACGCUGCGAAGACAGCGCAGGAGAAGGUGAAAGACGUCUACGCCAGCGUCGACAAGCCCUUGCAGACAUCUGGCGCUGGAAAGAAGAUUGCUGAACAGCCUGCUCAGUCGGUUGAGAUUUUGGAUGCUGACCUUUUGUCCAAAUUGAACCGGAAGCAGGUGUUGAGCGAUUUGAUUAGCGAUCCGAUCCAUCCUGUGCCUGUGUCGAGGCAUAGCCCUUCCAUGAACCGGUCUGCCAGCUCGGCCUCUAAGUAUGGGGUUAUAGUUCGUUCUGGGGGGUUCAUCGAGGACAAAACUGUUGUGCUAUCUCCGGAUAUUCUUGCCGGUCUAGCCGCUGCUCCCGGUCAUGCUGAAGAGCACUGGCAGCCGCAGAAUGAUGUUCUGAGGGGUGAGUCUAUCCUUUUUGACCGUCCUAAAGACGGAGGUACACUGGGCUACCGGUCUCUGCGCCAAGUUGUUACACCCGCCGACGGUAUGCCCCAGGAGAUUGAGACGCCGGCUGCACAGUUGAUGCAUGACCUGUACUCGGUGACGCAAUCUGCUACCGAGCUUGUGGAGUGCUAUCGGAGCUAUCAGCGUCGUUUAAAACGAUCGCAAGCUGAGAAAGAGAAGCUUCAGACGGACCUUGCUGAAUCGGUCAGGACUGAAGGUGACUGCCGGAAGGAGAUUGCGAGACUUGAGCUGGAUGUUAUUGCCGCAGGCAAUAGGAAGGCUGAACUAGAGCUUCUUCCAGCCAAGUUGACGGCCGAAGAGCAGAAGACGGCUGAGCUGCAGAUCAAGCUGGAUGCGGCGCUGCAGGCGGCCUAAGAUGCUGAGAAAGCUGCUAAGGAUGAUCGCAAGGCUGUGGCGCUGAAGGCUGUGCAGAAAUUUAUGAAGUCUGACUUCUACUGCGAGGAGAUGAAGGGGCGCUACAAUGGUGGGUGGACUGCAGCUCAUCGUUGUGCCGUCAAAGCCUUGACGCUGACUGAGGAUGCCUGGGGUAAGGUGGAGGGAUCCUAUGAAGAGGGUGGCCAUAUUGAUCCGACUGGCAUGGAGACCCAGACCUUCCCAGACAUCGUCAUUCAGAAUGCUGACCCUCGCCUUCUGCCCGACAGGGAGAUUCCCGAGUCUGCUUACUGGAGUGAUGCAGACUACUCAGCUUGACGGUCUUGGCAGUCAUCACCAGGCUCUUCCUGUGGUUCUUCCAACAGUUUUUUCCGGCCUCAUACUUGUUAAUGUCUGUUGGUAGCUUUUGAAUAUCAUUUAGCGGAUGUAACUUAUAAACAAUUUCCUUUUUUGGUACCUUUUAGCUGUUUGUGGCACUUUGUCUUUUGCCGUGUGUUAACUGUUUCAAGAACGUUAUUGUCGUCUUGGCUGCGCCGUCUGAGGCGUAUGUUUGUGCCUUUUAGCAGCUACUCACUCCGCAUUUAGUUAUUUUUGGGUGGUGGCUGUCGUCCCUGUAUUUGUUUAAAAUCUAUGUGAUGCACUUGAUGGAUUAUCCGUUUGUUUUUAU